AUGUCUGCACGUGCAUUUAAGCAUAUAAUUAAGCUUCCUAGCCGGUGCUGCUUUUCUAGUACCCGUGCUGCCAAUGCGGACUUCACGCAUGCUGUAAUUGGCGCUGGCGUCGUUGGCCUUGCGACCGCAAGACAAUUGGCAGCUCACGAGGGCACCUCAACCAUUCUACUCGAGCGCCAUGAUGCGCCAGGCACAGAGACAAGCAGUCGCAACUCCGAGGCACGACCUUCCCUACCCCUCUCUACACACCCAACUAACAGUUACCAGGUGAUCCAUGCCGGUCUUUAUUACCCAGCAACCUCACUGAAAACCACACUCUGCAUCCGCGGCCGCAACCUCCUCUAUGAGCUCUGUUCCAAGAACGAUAUCCCCCACCGCAACACGAAGAAAUGGAUCGUAUCCCAAACACAAGCGCAAUGGGAAGCCUCACUGAAAGUGCACGCGCAUGCGCAAACCCUGGACGCACCGACGCGACUUGUCGGCCGAGACGAGGCCCUCCGGCGCGAACCAGAUGUCAAGGCUGACGCGGGUAUCGUUGAGAGUCUGACAACCGGCAUUGUCGAUAGCCACUCACUCAUGACAUAUCUACAAGGCGACUUUGAAGACCGAGGUGGUGACGUCGCUUUCAAGACGCGGGUCACGGGGGUCGAGGCUAUUGAUGGCGGGCGCGGAGGGUACAAAAUCACAGCUGCUUCGGACGAAGAUGGCUCUGUGACGACGUUCACAGCAGAGACAUUGAUCAACAGUGCUGGCCAUGGGGCUUGUGCGAUAAGCAAUAUGCUCCUUCCAGAUGACCGUCAUUUCUUCCCCCAUUAUGCCAAGGGGACAUAUUUCUCGUAUGCGGCUUCGAGGCCGCGGACUUCGGUUCUUGUUUACCCAGCCACGCUUCCUGGCACGCCUAGUCUGGGUACGCAUCUGACGCUUGAUAUGGGCGGGCGCAUCCGUUUUGGACCUGAUGUCCAAUGGGUGGAUAGCCCGGAUGAUCUGAAGCCAAACCCUGCGAAUUUGCAGGAGGCUUUGAGAGAAAUCAAAUCGUUCAUGCCGGGUGUUGAUGUUGAUGCUAUUGCCUUGGAUUACUGUGGCAUUCGACCCAAGUUGGGUCGGGGCGGUUCUGUCAACGAGGGCAAGGGAUUCCAGGACUUCAUCAUUCGCGAGGAAGAGGGAUUGCCUGGAUUCGUUAACCUGCUGGGCAUUGAAAGCCCCGGGCUAACUAGCUGUCUGGCUAUUGGCGAGAUGGUUGAUGGAAUACUGUAUAAGUAG